AUGGCAGACUGUGUGCUCUUUCUGCUAGUUGGAUUCCUUCUCUUUCUUCUCCUUUUCCGUGGACCCCGAAGACCCAAAAACUUUCCCCCUGGUCCAGCGGCCAUCAGUUUGUUUGGGAAUGUACUUCAGCUGAGUAUGAGCAACCCAAUGGAGGACUUGGACCGGCUGGCUAAGCACUAUGGGAAUGUGUUCAGUCUGUACAUCGGCAGAAAACCAGCAGUGGUACUGCAUGGUCUCCGUGCUGUAAGGGAGGCCCUCGGUGCUGCGGACUUUGCCGGCAGGCCACAGGGACUGAUGGUGAAUCAUGUCACAGAGAACAAGGCAGGUCUUAUUAUGGCUAAUUAUGGUGCUGUUUGGAAAGAGCACAGACGCCUUGCGCUGACAACCAUGAAGAACUUUGGACUGGGAAAACAAUCAAUGGAGGAAAGGAUUCUUGAGGAGACCACAUAUAUCUGUCAGCACUUUGAGAGUAGUUCUGGAAAACCCAUAGAUCCACAGCCCUUGAUCCACAGUGGUGCUUCCAACAUCAUUGGUUUUAUGUUAUUUGGAACACGAUACAGCUACAAUGAUGAAAUCCUUUCAUUCAUUGUGAACAGCUUCAAAGAAAAUGCCAGGAAAGCCAAUAGUGCCUGGGCCAUGAUCUAUGAUUCCUUUCCCUUCCUGAGACACUUGCCACUACCUUUUCGCAAAGUCUUCGAGAACUACAAGGCCCUCAAAAAUCACACCAGGGGUAUUGUUGCUGAACAUAAGAAGACAAGGAUCCCAGGAGAGCCACGAGACGUCAUCGACUGCUAUCUUGAUGAAAUGGAAAAGAGGGGAAGUGAGGGCACUUCACUGGAUGAGGACAGGUUGGUUAUGUUCCUGCUGGAUCUCCAUUUUGCAGGGACAGACACCACUUCCAACACUAUCCUCACAGCUCUUCUCUACCUCGCCACAUACAGAGAUGUGCAGGUUCUCUGUCAGCAGGAGAUUGACUCAGUACUCCAGGCAAAAGAACAUGUCUCAUAUGAGGACAGACUGCAGAUGCCCUUUGUGCAGGCCACCAUCCAUGAGCUCCAGCGCCUGGCUAACAUUGCGCCGCUGGGCGUCUUCCAUGCCACCACCAGGAACACCCAGCUAAUGGGCUACGACAUCCCUGAGGGCACCCUGGUCAUUACCAAUCUUACAUCUGUUCUGUAUGAGCAAGGUCAGUGGGCACAACCAAAUGACUUCUACCCUUCACACUUCCUGAAUGAACAAGGUGAAUUUGUGAAGCCUGAGGCCUUUCUGGCAUUUUCUGCAGGCCCUCGUGUAUGUCUGGGAGAAGCUUUGGCCCGUAUGGAGCUCUUCCUGAUUCUGGUCACGCUCCUCCGGCGUUUUCACUUUGUGUGGCCCAAUGACUGCGGGGUACCUGACCUCCGUCCUGUAUUUGGGGAUACAAGCCCCCAAGCCCUACAGACUGACUGUCAUACCAAGGAGAAACAAGGGCAACCCUUUGGAUUCUUGAUCAGCCAUCAGCUUGAGUUUAAUAUAACUGUGCUUUAUCUUAGACUUCUUGUGAUUUUGUCUCAUGUUUUUUAUGUUCCAUGAUUGUUUUUAGGUCCUUCUAGGGAUGGGGAUGUGACUCAUUUUAAUGGUAUCCCACGGGAUAAAACUCAUCAUGUGAUAAUCAUCACAUUCCAAUUUGAAUAAUUUCCAAGGCAUGCACCACAAUUUGUUUACAGUAGUAGUUCUUGCGGUGAUAUUAUAGAUUUUUUGGUGUUAGAAACAAUGCAAGUCUGGAACGUAGGUAUAAAUAUAUUAGUUAGUGCUAUUUAAUUAAAAUGAUUUGAUAAGACCCAAACCUAUAAUCAUUGUGAUCACUUGUAAUAGGAAAUAUUCAUACUAUCCCAUCCCUAGCUUUUCUUUUCCCUGCUCUGUUGAAUUCCUUAAACUGAGUGACCCUGAGAUGAAAGCUCUUACCCUUGCUUUUCCAGACACAAACUGAAUUAAUUAUUGGACUGAACUGCUCUACAAAUAAAAAGCAUUUCAGAAGACCCCUGACAUUC